AUGAGGAUGGCACUACAACUCGUUCACAGUGACAUUUGUGGUCCCAUCUCACCAAUCUCAGAGAGUGGAAAGAGGUACAUUAUCAAUUUUAUUGAUGAUUUCAGCAGGAAAUGUUGGACAUUUCUGUUGACUGAGAAGUCAGAGGCUCUUCAAGCCUUUAAAGAGUUUAAGGCUGGAGUUGAGAGAGAAUCGGGACAGCCUUUGGUGUGUCUCAGAACAGACAGAGGAGGCGAGUACUGUUCUAAGGCUUUUGAAGAGUUUUGCAGGGACAAUGGCAUAAAGAGGCAACUCACAGCAGCAUACACACCCAUCAAAGCAACAGAAAAACACUAG